GCAUCUUCAAAGGGAUGGACCAAGAAAUACUGGAGAGAAACCCUUUGAAUGUAUUCAAUAUGAUGGAGCCUUUGCAAGAAACCAUCAUCAUCAUUUACAUAAGAGCACUGGAUCUUUCAUGUCUUAUACUGAUCAUCAAAUACAUACAAGACCACAUACUGGAGAAAAAGUCUAUGAUGGUAACCAAUGUGAUAAAACCUUUUCAUGUCACAACCAUUUUGAAAUUCGUAAAGGAACAUAUACUGGAGAAAAACCCUAUGAAUGUAAUCAAUGUGGGAAAACAUUUGCAGGUCGCAGCAAUCUUCAAAUCCAUAAAAGAACACAUACUGGAGAGAAACCCUAUGAAUGUAAACAAUGUGGCAAAGCCUUUGCAUGUCACAGUACUCUUCGAAAUCAUAAAAGAACACACACUGGAGAGAAACCCUAUGAAUGUAACCAGUGUGGAAAAGCCUUUGCACAAUUUGGUCAUCUUCAAUGUCAUGAAAUAACACAUAAUGCAGAGAAACCCUAUGAAUGUAACCAAUGUGGCAAAGCGUAUACACGACACAGCAAUCUUCAAAGACAUAAAAGAACACAUACUGGAGAGAAACUAUAUGAAUGUAAACAAUGUGGUAAAGCCUUUACAUGUCACAGAUAUCUUCAAAUCCAUGAAAGGAGCCAUACUGGAGAGAAACCCUAUGAAUGUAACCAAUGUGGCAAAGCCUUUACAUGUCACAGUACUCUUCAAGUCCAUAAAAGAACACAUACUGGAGAGAAACCCUAUGAAUGUAAUCAAUGUGACAAAGCCUUUGCAUGUCACAGAUAUCUUCAAAUCCAUAAAAGAACACAUACUGGAGAGAAACCCUAUGAAUGUAAUCAAUGUGGCAAAGCCUUUGCAUGUCACAGUACUCUUCGAAAGCAUAAAAUAACACAUACUGGAGAGAAACCCUAUGAAUGUAACCAAUGUGGCAAAGCCUUUGCACAAUUUGUUCAUCUUCAAUGUCAUGAAAUAACACAUACUGAAGAAAAACCUUAUGAAUGUAACCAUUGUGGCAAAGCCUUUGCAUUUCACAGUACUCUUCGAAAUCAUAAAAGAACACAUACUGGAGAGAAACCCUAUGAAUGUAAACAAUGUGGCAAAGCCUUUGCAUGUCACAGCUAUCUUCAAAUCCAUAAAAGAAUACAUACUGGAGAGAAACCCUAUGAAUGUAAACAAUGUGGCAAAGCCUUUGCAUUUCACAGUACUCUUCAAGUCCAUAAAAGAACACAUACCGGAGAGAAACCCUAUGAAUGUAAUCAAUGUGGCAAAGCCUUUGUAUGUCACAGCUAUCUUCAAAUCCAUAAUAGAACCCAUACUGGAGAGAAACCCUGUGUAUGUAAACAAUGUGGCAAAGCCUUUGCAUGUCACAGUACUCUACGAAAUCAUAAAAGAACACAUACUGGAGAGAAACCCUAUGAAUGUAACCAGUGUGGUAAAAUCUUUGCACGACACAGUCAGGUUCAAAUACAUAAAAGAAUACAUACUGAAGAGAAACCCUGAUAAUGCAGUGAAUGUGGUCAAGGAUUUGUUAUGGUGGUCUGAAAAGGAAUUUUAAAAACAAAUUCUUGUGAGAACCCUGUAAGUGUAAUCAAUCUAAUAAAGCCAUUUGUUAGCAGUCACCUUCUAAGUGAUGCAACAUAUUUGUGAGAAUAUGGUAGGUGGGUGUGUCUGAUUCUUUUGUCUACGCUCAAGAUGGUUUUUGUCUUAAUUAUUUGCUUUGCGAGGUUUGAUAUGAGGGUUUGUGCCUAUUUUUAUUAAAAUAUGGUAUGCCUUGUUCAUUUGCUAUCCCCAAGUAUGCUGCUCUUUUUUCAGGGGAAAUGGUAGAAUAUAUGGGUGUGAUGUUAGUUUGGGAGGNAUAUAGAGAAGUGGAGGGAUGUGUACUGUGGUCCAGAUAUAAAGUGGGAGAUGAGAACAGAUAAAAAAAUAAAAAGAAUGUAACUGUACAUAUUUACACACACACCUUUUAAACAAGGUAUGAAUUAAGUAUAUAAUAAGUUGUAACAAACUAAGAUAACCUAGGUAUAGAAUUUUCAGUGUAUGUCUCCAUGCCCUCAAGGAUCAUAAGGCGAUAUUGGUUCAUCGGGUCAAUGGGAGCACACAGCAAACUUGAGGUUCACAAGCCCAGUGCAAAUGGACAAUGAAUGAUCAAUCCAGUACGCUGCAGCUGGCAGGGAGUCAGAACAACUUUUUGGUGAUUGAAGGCUUAUAUAGUUUGCAGGACCUGGGAUAGGAACUUCCAGAAUGGGUAAAGCUGAAUGCUGAGAAUACCAAAAUGCCUCAUUAGCAGGGGCAAGCAUUUCAGGAAUCUGAGAAUCUAGGAGUAUGGGUUUCUUAAUCAGGAUGAAGUUAGUUCAUCCUAUAUUCCAGUUAAGUCACUGUGACAUUCCUAAGGGUGAGUUCUGUGCAAGGGCUUUUAAUUCCCUGGCAAGGUCAGAAAAGUAGAAGUCCCAAAAAUGAAGGCCAUUUUCCAUUAUGUGUUGACAGAAAAGGCAAGUUACACAUUGGUGGACUGUAACCUUAAUUAGCAGGGUUUUCCCACAUUUAAAAGUAUAAAUAUUGGGUUAUAAGUUUUAGCCUAAUUUUGACAUAUUUUCACCAUAUGUAAUAAACUUACAAAUGUGAACAUAGUUUUCAGCAUACUCGGAAGACAUAUUUGUUGAAGACCACAGGCAUUUUAGAGGUAAAUAUUUUAAGACUAUUAAAUAGCAAUAUCUUAGACACAGUACUUUUAAAAUGGGCGGCAGAUAAAUUUUACAUAUGAGGUACUAUUUAUUGCUUUCUUAGAAGUUUGUGAAUGUAUCUACCUCAAGACCCAACUAAUCCAUUCUUAGGCACAAAUCCAACAGAUACUACAUCUUACCGCAAGGACACUUGCUCAAUUUUGUGAAUGCAGAGGACUCCUGCUCAUUGGAUGAUGAAUACCUGGAUGUUCUAUGAAACUAAAAGUUUACAAGAGAAGGACUGUAUCUGCCCAUAAUGUGGAAGGGCAGAUCUGUGGAGGCCUGUUCUGUCUGACUCAUUUGGGUUCUAAUCCUCCAGUAGUUGAGGGGAUAUUGUGCUGUUUCCAAGCUGGAUGGUCACAGGUAGAGAAGGUUCUGGAAAGAUAUAGAAAUUAGGAGCACCUGGACAUGAAGCUCACAGGUUCUUUCCAGGAUUCUCCUCUGAUCCACUUGGAGGGAGGUGUUAGGUAGGCCAUAAGCUGUGUCAUGUGUGGGGGAGCUGCACCAGGAAACAGAGGAUGGCUAAACUCUCAAGAGUUCCUUCUGACAGGACUUAUAUUGACCAUCACUGUGGUUCUGUUGAUAGAUGUACAAACAUGACCUUAAGCAU